AUGGCGUGGGACAGGUCGAUGAGAUGAGGUUUGCAGCUGUAAAUUCGUAUAUUCCACCGAGUCAUAAUGUAGAGAUAAAGCUACAUAUCUUUUGAGGCCAUUAUACCAGUAUUUUACAGGUCCUGAGUACGCCACAAUAAGUAACCAGCAAGCAGACUGUCCAAAAGCCAAGCCCUAGAGUUGUGUUCACAGAGAGAUGCUGGUGUCUCAUUCUGGGAGUUAAGAGGGACUGUCAGGCCAUGCAGUGAUACUUGGGACAUCCUGGUGUACGUGUAUGUACAUGUAUCUCUCUAGCAUUCUGCAUGUCAAUUAAUCAAUUCAGAACACAGUGACAGUGUGAUAAUUCUGCUAAGUGAUAGACUUGUACUUAACUCUCAUUCCUGUAAUCUAGGCCAGCACAUACAGUAGUGACUCAGUGGUGUUGUCAUGUGGGCCUGACCAUGUGAUUUUCUCCUGGACACUGUUGUGAUUUAUCCAGUCCAGUGUGUAAUUGUCCAAUGAUCUGUCUACCUGAAGAGGAGGUCGUCAGUAUGCCCUGCCCACAAUCUCACCCUCAGCAGUUCCAUGCCAUUCACACGAGUACACCCUCCUGAGGAUAUACACCAGGACUCAGUGGCACCUCUCGACUGAGUGCCACCACUCACCUGUUGAUCAUGUAGCGCAUGUGUGUGAUUCAUGCCUGUAUUUAACCUGGACAGACAGAGGCCUAGGUGGGCCUGAGAACAACAUGGCGAAGAAGUCGGAGGGGCGCGUGUUUAAUGUGAGCGUGAUUGGGCUGUCAGGGACUGAACGUGAGAAGGGGCUGGCAGGAGUGGGAAAGUCCUGCCUGUGUAACCGCUUCAUGCACCCACUGGCCGACGAUUACCACACUGACCACAUCUCUGUCCUCAGCCAGAGCGACUUUGGAGGACGCGUAAUCAACAAUGACCAUUUCCUCUACUGGGGGGAGACCACCAAGACAGACGAGGGCAGCGACUUUACAUUCCAUGUUGUGGAACAGACAGAGUUUGUUGAUGAUGUGUCAUUUCAGCCAUUUAGGACGGGUCGUAUUGAGGCCUACACCAAACGUUGUGCUACAACAAAGGUGCAGUCUGCGGAGAAACUCAUGUACAUUUGCAAGGAGCAGCUAGGUAUAGAGACAGACAGCACAUAUGAGCAGAAGCUAAUGCCUGAGGGACGGCUGAACGUGGAUGGCUUUCUCUGUGUGUUUGAUGUUAGUGUGGUACAGCAGCGCCCCCUGGAGAGACAGGUGGAGUUCAUCACCAAUAUGAUGGCCAACGUUAUCAAGACCAAGAAACCCAUUGUCAUGGUGACCACCAAGAAUGACGAUGCAGACGAGCGGUACUGUAAGGAAGUAGAAAAACUGUGCGGACGUAAGGAGUUUCGUGGGAAUGUGCCUCUGGUGGAAACCUCAGCUCACAACAAUGUCAAUGUUGAGCUUGCCUUCAUGACCCUUGCUCAUCUCAUAGACAAAACUAAAACAAGAACUAAAAAUGUGCCCUAUGCUGAUGCAGCUCGGGCGCGCAAAGAGAUUCUGGAUGUGGCUGUGGAAGCCUAUCGCAAUUUGUUGCGAUCUCACGUCAUUGAGGCCAAAUCAGUCUGGGCAACUUGGAGGAAAAAAUUUGAGACAAAGCCAGACUACAUUCAUUAUGUUGAAUUGUUUGGAACAGACAAAGCUCGGAAGCUUUUCAGACAACAUUGUAAUGCUCUGAGGGAGGACCAAGUGCGAAAACGGGAGCAGCAUUUCUUGUCACGCUUACCUGACAUCCUGCAAAGAUUUUUACCUAGUUUGGACGUCAUCUCAGACAGAAGUUGGCCAGCUUGUCAGAGAUACAUACGACAACACCGAGACUUUGACAGUUUGUUUGUGGAUGUGUGUCCAGAGGAAACAGAUUCCUGGAAGUACUCCAACUUCGUAGACAAUUACGAGGAAACUCGACUUCCGUUUGAUUUGCUCAAGUCCCCCGAAGCUGAGACUUACUUUAGGAAUCACAUGAAUGCAUUACAGGCUCAGCAUAAAAAACUAGAACUGAAGAAGCAGUUUAAGGAACUGUUGGAGGAAAGUGGCCAUGUCACACCUGGGAAGCCCCUAAGUGAGGCUUAUGUCUUCUUUGUUGGGAAGGAAUGUUUUAACAGUCUGGAAGAGCACGAGCGGCUACAGGUGUAUGACAGCCACCAGGCGGAGCUGCGCAUGCGCACUCGCGACCAAUUCCAGGAGCUGCUAUGGGAGAAGACAGAGCUGUUUACUCAGCUCAACCCCACAGGCAGGCUUACACCACUGGACUUAAAAGAGAUCACAAAUGCUUUAGAGACAGAUUACAGAUACAAAGUGCUUCAUAGAUUAGAAGAGGAUAGAAAAGUAAUGAUUUUGAAUCACCUGGGCUUUAUCCAGUGUCCAUCUCGUGAGAGGUGUUACUUUAAAGACACCUGUAUAGAUGUACAGGUGGCCAAGGUGCUAGCAGCUAAAGCAAUUAGGCCAGAAAUGUUAGACAAUAGAGCAGAUUCCUCCAGUUUGGGUGAAAGACCCAUGAAUUUGGUGCUGCUGGGCCAGGAGCCUUUGGCGACUCAAGUGUACAAGGAGAUUCGGCACCUGUGUCCCGAAGAUGAGUAUAUGCAAGGUAGCAUAGUGUACAGUCUAGACUACAGGCCUAUAGAUGGGGAUGUCACACUGGCACAGAACUCCUUCGCCACUGUCAAGUUUAAACCACAUGGGUGUUUUUGUGCGUACAACUCACAGGAGUCAUUUGAGUACAUGCGAGCUAGCCUUGAGAACACCCUGCUGGCUGACCUGGAGUGCGAGGAAGGACAGCAGCUGCAGGGUAUGCCGAUCGUCAUCAUACAGGCACACAGCGCUGCGCUCAGCAAAGCUGACCAGGACUUUUUGGAGGAAGAGGGACGCCAGCUGGCCAAAAAACUUCACAGCGACUUCAUCAACAUUCCAGUCAGUGAGCCAUUGACAGAAGGAAAGGCAUUCUACAUGGAGCAGAUAGAGCAAGCCUUACAGUCUGUGAUCUCGGGAAGAAAUUGUUCGCAUGUGCCACAGGACUGUGUGGACAGUUCAGAUGCAGACAUUAGAGUUGCCAUCUGUAUGAUGUGUGGUGACCCGUACAGCGUGGAGAUCCCCUUGGGCCCACUUCUGAGCCAUGAGUUCUGCCGGAUCUCCUCUGACAGCGAUUGCUCCAUCAGUUUAGAGACAUACCUGGAUUACUGUAAGCAGAAAGUCCAGGUGACUUUCCUGUCCUACCACGGGGCCAGCAUGAGGAAAAAUGACAUCUACCAUGGAUACAUUCUAGUUUACUCUGCUCACCGAAAGGCUUCCCUUGCCACCAUGAAGGCAUUUACUGCACAGUUCCUGGACAUCCCUGUCUUGAUCCUGUCAGUCACAGAGAGUGGUGGAGCCUCCACACUGUUCUCAGAUGGUCAGAUCCAUGGCCUUAUUGUGGAAGGAAAUGGACUGGCUGAUGACCUCCACGGCAAAUUUAUGACCACUCCCGCCAACUUCAAACAACAAACUGCAGCAUACAACCCAUUCUUCAAGGAGUGCUGGGAGAGGAAGGAGGAGACUGAAAGCUUGUAUCAUAACCUGUACCAGAACGAUGAGGAUGCCAGCCCACCUCCCUACUACCGACUGUCCAUAGCUCGGCGCCCACCUUUGCCCCCACCCAUUAGCCCCAUGCCCCAGCCCCCACACCCGGAUCUCUACGGCACUGCCAAGAGCAGCACCAGUAACAGCCAAAGCACUGAGGACUCUGAACCUCUGUAUGACCAGCCAGGCCGCUACCACUCUGACAGUGAACAUGACCGUGCCUCCUCCACAUCCCCGCCCCCGGGGGGCGCCCAGUCCACAAACCCAUACGCUGUCUCACCUUUCCUGUACCAUGCCCAGAAUGGGGAACGACAGGUGCGGCCCAGCCAGCUCAAGCACCGCCGAGACGUCUACGCAGUGUGGGCUCUGAAUGAUGCCCCUGACCGACAGAUCAAGGCUGCUUCUUUUGCUCUGGGCACCAAGUUUAACUCCAGCAGUGACGAGGGUGACUCUCUGGGAGAUUGCAUGUCGGCGAGCCUGUACGACACUGCCACUCACAUCAACGAGGACUGGGUGGACAAUUCCCUGUAUGAACAUGUGGACGUACGGACAGGCAUGCCCAUCAAGCCAAAGCGACUAGACAUGUCAAAGUUUGGCCAGGUUACAGAGUUUAUGAGCCAUAGCCUGGGCAGAGGACCUCCCUCCGGAGCGUCGCGGGUCCAAGCGCCAUUAGCCAUGCCCGAGCAGAUCGAGAUUGGGGACUACGCUACGGUGCGGUCUUCAGACAGGAAGGAUGCCGUCCCUGAGAAUGAUUAUGCCUCUGUGCAAGAUGCCCUACCUGAUGGACGCUUCCAUAGAAUCCGUUCCUCUCGCAAAAAACAUAAUAAAGGCAAAGGGCUAACAGAUUCGGACUCUGAGCUCAGCUCUUUAGAGAGGAACAACAGUAAAGAUAUCUACAGCAAAGUGAACAGAAAACCCACCCCUCAUAAGAAGAAGUCCAAAUCCCGGGAACAUGCCUCAGAUGAGCGGUACCUGGGUGUGCACUGUCCUGCAGAGAGGGUCCAGAGCAUUUCCCCAUCUGAAGAAAGUGAUGGCACUGGAGAUGAGCUGCUGACCAACAGGAAGGAGAAGAAGAAACGACCGUCCGUGAGGAAGAGGUGGAAGUCUGGCAGCUCUGAGAAGAGUGGGGCACUCCCGGGGCGUAGUCCCCCCAUGUCUGACAGUGACUAUGUUGGCUCACCACCAGGCCGAGGACCAGAUGAAGACAACGCAUAUGAACCAAUCAACCCACAAGAAGUUACAACCAGCACUCUCAAGUUCGGAACUACAGGAAGUACUGAGGACACAGAACACGAGGCUGGAGAAGGAAUCAAAGGAAAGUUCAGACCUCGACAUUUGAAAGACCCAGAGAAAAUAAAGAAGAAGGAAGAGAAACGUUUGAAAGAAGAAGAGAGGAAAAGAUUAAAGGAGCAAAAGGAGGAGGAGAAAAAACGUAACCGAGAGGACAUGAAGCGACUGAAGUUUAAGAGGAAGGAUGGGAAAUUGACAGGGGCAUCUCAGAGUGGCUACACCCUGGAAGAUCACCAGUCAUCCACUAACAACCCUCGUAUCCCACUUUUUGUAGAAAUGUGUGUACAGUACAUACAGGAGGAAGGAAUGCAGGCUGAAGGUAUAUACAGAGUGCCUGGGAACAAGGCCCAAGUUGAUCUCCUUAUAUCAAAGUUCCAUGAAGACAGUAACCUGGACAUCAGUUCUCUGGACAUUCAGGUGAACGCAGUGGCCACGGCCCUCAAAGGCUUCUUCAGUGAUCUCAUAGAGCCCCUCAUUCCCCCAAGUCUCUAUGAAGAACUGUUUGAGGCUGCGCGAAUACCACAGAAAAGCUGUAAACUGGUGGCCUUAAGAGGUGUGCUGAGGAAGAUACGUUCCCCCAACUAUGAGGUGCUCCGAUUCCUGAUUACUCACCUGAACAGAGUAAGCCAGAAUGCUGAGUUUACCAACAUGGACUGUCGUAACCUGGGUGUGUGCUGGUGGCCCACACUGCUGCGGCAAGACAUAGCCAGUUUGGACAAAAUCACAGAAGUCUCCAAUAUCUGUGUGGAGGUUGUUCACCUCCUUAUUGAACAGGCUGGAUUCUUUUUCUACAAUGCAGACGAGGUCUGAGACUUUAUGUGUCCUCCAAGGAGGUUCAGAUUUAGUUCUUGGGAGAAAGACCACCUGACAUGAGCAUGAGGAUGGUAAUGCUGCCAGCACCUGCGGCCAACUCACUUUAGUGUUAUGUCACAUACAGUCAGUGCCAGGAGGGUGUCUUUCUAUACAGAGAUUUCUUUGGUGUGUUGGUUAUGAUUUCUAGUCGGCUGCAAAGUAUUAAAGGCAUACAUUAUCAUCUGUUCAUGGCCAGAAAGACAGAUUAGCUUGUGAUCUCACACAAGUGAUAAAGAGAUGACCUAGCGAUCUCACACUGGUGAUAAAGAGAUGAGCUUGUGAUCUCACAUUGAUUACAAAAAGAUUAACAUGUGAUCUCGCAUUGAUUACAAAAAGAUGAGCACUGGUGACAAAGACUAACUACUGAUCACACACUGAUGACAAAGGCAUUAACUUCUGACCACAUACUGCUGACGAAGACAUUAACUUCUGAUCACACACUGGUGACAAAGACAUUAACUUCUGAUCAACACACUGGUGAUAAAAGCAUUAACUUCUGAUCACACCCUGGUGACAAGGACAUUAGCUUGUCAUCUCAUACUGGUGACACAGACAUUAACUUCUGAUCAACUCACUGGUGACACAGACAUUAACUUCUGAUCACAUUCUGAUAACACAGACAUUAACUUUUGACCACAUACUGGUGAAAAAGACAUUAACUUCUGAUCACACAGAUAUUAGCCUCAGAUCACAUACUGGUGACAAAGACAUUUAAUAGUUUCGUAGUAAACAAGGUACAUUUGCUCAUGAUUGCAGACUGAUGACUAUGGCAUUACUCGGCUGACCACUCAGAUUUCCUCAUUGGUCACAGUUCCUACAGUGACCACACUCUGUUAGUGCAUGUUAACUUUUAAUCAAAAGUAAUAGAUAUUGUUGAAAUGAUUGAGGCUCAGAAUUACAUUGUAGAUGUACUUACUUUUAUGCUGCUUAAUAACUUCAGUACAUCUGACAUCUGCUUAGCCAACAGGAUGUGCAAAGACUGUACAUAUAAGUGCACUUGUGCAACCAAGCACUUGUUUGUGGUGUUUGUAUGGUCCUGAUUUGCAUAAUUGUUGUACUUAAUACAGGUCUCAUGAGUGUUGUUUGGCUCUGUACCAAUACCACCAUAUGUUUGUGUCUCAGUUGUCUCACCCUGAUCAGCACUCCCCUGUGGGCGUCUCUUGCUCUGUAAUAUGUUUUCACCUUUGGUAACAUGUUGGCUUCUCUUGUUUUAUAUACAAACAUACAUA